AGUUCGUUGACCCGAAACGCAAAAGCCACACAUCAGCUUUCCGUUUCCCGCCAGCCAUCACAUUACACAAACGACCUGAAAGCACCGGAGUAGAGGAUUUCACACAACAACUUCACCUCAACCUCCAGACUUAAUUGGACGACCAUCAUGUCGGCGAGUCUGCAGAUUUGCGGGCUGGUAGCAGGCGUGCUGUCGUGGUGUCUCCAGUCCAGCUGCACGUCGUCGCAGCUGUGGAAGGUCCGGAGUCAGGCCGAGUCUCUGAGUAGCAGCCAGUGGCAGUUUGAAGGCCUCUGGAUGAGCUGCGCCGCCACCUCGCUGGGAACGUUGCAGUGCACCAAGUUCAAAACGCUGCUCGGCCUGCCAGUGCACGUUCAGGCGUGUCGCGCUCUCAUGUUGUCAUCUCUGGUGGUGGGUCUGGCCUCCGUCAUCGUGGCCAUUUUGGGCCUCAAGUGCAGUCGUGUGGGCGGCUCCUCGGAGCAAGCCAAAGGGCAAUUUACGCUAAGUGGAGGGGUCAUGUUAAUCCUGUCAGGUGUGACUACCCUGAUCGCCGUGUCUUGGUAUGCUGGUAGGGUGAUCAGUGACUUCUACAAUCCGCUAUAUAACGGUGUCAGGUUCGAGCUAGGCACGGGUCUGUAUCUGGGCUGGGCGGCAUCCGGUCUGGCGUUCUUGGGCGGUGCAAUGCUGUGUUGCUCCUACAGGAGAAGCUCCUCGCCUCCCGAACGACAUUUUUCAUACAACUACUCCAAAAGCAGUCAAAGUCACAACAUGAACAUCUACAAAGCGGCACACGUCAUGGAUGACGGCGGCGGGAGCGCCAAAGCUUACGUGUGAACUGGAGCCUGAACGCAUCAUCGCAAAAGGAGGCGGGCUAUUUUUUUGUCAGCGUUUUACUUCUGGACUUUUGUAUUAGUUGAUGAUUUAUUGGAUUGGAUCUCAUGGUAAUCAUGAUAUCAGUGAAAAAUACUCAAUUUUCAUGUCAUAUUAAAUAUGUUUUGUUGUCACCUAACACAUUUUUAUUGUGUUUUGAGCAAAAACGAUUGAUGUAACUGCAGGGGUGUUUGAACUUUUUUCUCCUACAUGAAAUAAACAGCAAUAACGAUGAUGAACAAAAUAUAGA